GUUAUUUUUCCCUGUGAUUCAGUUCCCCGAACUUCCCCUUCCUUUGCUUUCAAAACUUCAUUUUUUAAUUUUUGAGUCAUUGCUUUGCUUUUAAACAAGUUUUGACUAUAUUCUUUUUCCAUUAAAUUUUUCACUUCCUCAUUAUUUUCAGUCUUGUCCUUAUUUGUAAUUUUUUGCUUUGAUUUAAAAGUUUCCCCAAGCUUUUGAUUUGGAGGAUCUUCAUUUAACAAUUUAUGAGCGUUUGUUCGCCGCUUUACGGCGAACAAACGUUCGUUCUAACUUUGAAAUAUUAAAAUUGUUAAAAAUUACGAGGUUUUAGUAAAUUCGCACCUAUUUACUGGAAGACUAUCACUCACUAAUUGAGAGACUUCUUUUGUCACAUAAGCUAUUGAUAUCUCACAAAUUUCCGGGCCCGAUCUCUCACCUACUUCGAACUUUAGGCAUUGACCCCUCGAUUUUAGGUGACUGAUCUUGAGCCAUUUAACGGAUCUGUACUAAUAUUUCCUAACUGUAUCGAAACCAUAGAUAUCUUCAAAAACCCUAGAAUUCACUGAUAACCUUCAAGCGUCCCAUAUACAACGUAAAAGAUUACUUUUAUGUUCAAAUCGUAGGCUCGUUUCACAAACAAUUGUCUCCUUUUCCUAUUACCUCUCAAAUCCCUUAACUCACUCAUGAUCACACAACGUAAAAGAUUACUUUUAUGUUCAAAUUGUAGGCUUGUUGCACAAACAAUUGUUUCCGUUUCUUUAUUGUCACACUUAUCAAUCUGUAUAUUAAUAAAUGCCUUUAAACCAUUAUUAUCAGUUUGUACGUUUUUUAAUUUUAAAAAAUCAAAUUGCAGAAGUUCCUUUUCAUUUUUCUUUUUUUCACUAUACCUCCGCUUAUAUUCUAGAACUUUUUCCUCAUUAUUUAUUUUCCAAUUUCGUUUAUAUUCUAACAGUUUUUCUUUAUUAUUCUUUGCCCAUUUUCGAUUCAAUUCUCUUUUCCUUUCUCUAUUUAUUUUAGACAAUUUUUUAUUUCUCUCAAGGUACAUUUCUUUAUAA